UCUCUCAGGUUGCCAAACAAACACACAAACUCCCUGCCUUACACAGACACAAACACGCGCACGCAAAAACACUGCAGGCACUAAGACCCAGCAGGGGAGACGAUAGGUCUCGGCUUUACAGCUCCCCUUCUCUCAGGUUGCCAAAUAAACACACAAACUCUUCUCUGUCGCGACUGUUUUCAAAGCAGAGGGAAGCUGGAAGGAAAUAGAACCUGGUGUUUGGAGGGAAAAAGGCACCACUGUGUUCAGGCUCACACGGUACUGACAUGGCCAAACAGCACCCAUACAUGAGUCCGAAACUCCCGUUUACGGGUUGUAUCCAAGGCCGUCUGUUUGAAGGGAAGACCAUCACCGUGACAGGACGAGUCCUGGCAGGGGCAGAGAUGUUUUGUGUGAAUUUGCAGUGCGUCAAUAACACGACGAGUGAUAUCGCCCUCCACUUCAACCCACGCUACUUUGGUAAAUCAGGUUACGUGGUGUGUAACACUCUGCAGAAUUCCUGCUGGGGAUCAGAGCAGCGUAGUAAACACACCCCACUUCCCAGAGGCUCGGACUUCAUCCUGACCUUCCUGAUCACCCAAGACUCCUAUUCGAUUAUUGUAAACGGAGUCCAUUUCAUGGAGUACUUGCACCGUCUGCCAGUCUCCAGUGUGAACGCGAUCUUCGUAGAUGGAGGUGUAGAGAUCGCAUCCAUCACUUUUCAAAACCCGGUUGAGAAAAAUGACCCAAGGAGACAGAACCCAGAGAGGCAGAGGUACCGAAGCAAACUGACCCGUGGAUCAGCUUGGAACAUGCAAGGACAUCAGCAGCAUGAGAUCCCAGUACCAACACCUCCUCCAUACAGUGCUUCACCUUAUUAUGUUAUACCGUAUAAAACCAUUAUUCAGGGUGGACUUUCCCCGAGCAGAAGCGUCACCAUACAGGGCUGUGUCAACCACAAUGCCGACAGGUUCUGCAUCAAUCUGCGGUAUAUCUCUGGCAUUGCGUUCCACUUCAACCCGCGUUUCAACGACAACGUAGUAGUGCGUAACAGCCUGAUUAAGGAUAGAUGGGGUCGUGAGGAGAGAAACGGUGGCCUGCCCUUUUACAGAGGCCAGCAGUUUAUGGUGAGCAUCACAUGUGACACUCAGUGCUACAGGAUCUCAGUAAACGGCACACAAAUGUUCACCUACAACCAUCGUCACUACCUGCUUCAGCAGAUCGACAUCCUGGAGGUUGAUGGAGACAUCAGUGUCAGCUCCGUCACAGUUUAAGGGCAGAUUGUAAUGUGAAAUGCUUUAAAGUAAAUGCAGUAUAUUAACACACUACACUAACACAGCUUAAACUACAAUAUAUGUACUAAAGCAGUAAAACCUACCGUAACUUAUCGUGAAACAAACCACUAUAAGCUUUAAGCUGAAGCAGCAAAGAAGCUCUAUCUGGCUUUUGGCUUUGAAUAAAAAAAAUAAAAAAAACAUACAUCGCUUUAGUUAUUUUACCACCAAAUAUUUACCUAUACCCUAGGUGAAUUGCUAGAUUCAGAUUUGUAGCUACAGUAUGUAAUACAGAUAAACCCCACUAAGACAUUCUUCUUCUUUUUAUGAAUUUAUGAAUACAUUUAUUGUGUCUCUGUUAUUCUGGAUUCUAUACUUUCGAUGUUACAUGUUUGCCUUUGAAGUAAAAUUAUUGCUCUGAACGUUGUAAUAAAUGUCACUUUAUGGUGUAU